AUGUCGACCUGCACCGACUUUGCGCGCUCAAAGUCUACAAAGUGGUCACCGCCCCUGCCAAUAACAUCUGAAUUGGAGGCACUUCGACAGCUCAAAACCGAAUGGACGCGACACUCGGGCGCGCAAACUACACACGAUAAGCGUGAUUCAAAAAAGCGGCUUCUCAUCGUUGAUCUACACGACUUUGAGGUUUAUCGUUCGCCCGAUCACUACAAGAGAGCAUACGAGCUGAUGAGUCUGCAUCUACUCGAGCUUCCUGUCUCCAAGAGAUUGUGUUUCGACGGCUUUGUCCGUCUAGGAAACGUUCAUCACUACAUCCAAGGCGUACCGAUCCAGGAUAGCUCUAUCGAGGGAUAUGGAGAUGAUCAAGAUCCAAAAAUCACAGCAUACAUUCGAUCUGAGCUCGCCAACAAUGAUCCAACUUACGACAUCUGGUACCGGCUGAAAGAGCCGACACUUCAAUAUCGACGCUUCCACGACCCUUUUCUCUGGGUAGCUCAGUUGGGAAAGCAUGUCAUCGACUACAUGGAAGUUUCUCUGCGUUCGCUGAACAGUUUCCGUUCAAAUUUCCAUUUGUUUCUAAUGGAACGCUUUCGUGGUCACCGCGACUUUGAGCAGUGGCAUGCAGCGUUCAGAAAUCAAAGCGACUUCCGAGUCGCCGUUAACGCUUAUAUCGAUUACUUUUUCAAUCAGGCGUACAAUCUGCCAAAUUCCGAACAUUUACUCGAUCAGCCCAUAUGGACUGACUGUAUGGCAAAAGCCCUAACAAACACGGAGCCACAAGCUGAUCCUCAGCCCACACUUGCGACACCACAUGUGUAUGCCUGCUUCCGGGACACGUAUUUUGGCAAGCAAAUGCAGGAGAUGCGACCAAGCAGUGCCGUCCAAACAGAAAAAGAGCGCAGGAAACGCAAGCUCGGAUUCGCAAAGUCGAGGGGGCCACCAGCUUCAUUUUCUGUCGACUUGUCUAACCUGCGCUGCCAACCCUACGGGUCAGAGCCUGUGGCCGUUAGUGACAUUAUAGCUUAUGUGCCGAACGAGACAGACACAAAAGUCUGGAGAGACACCCGUAGUGAUUGGCUCGCAUACGUCCAGAGAACUAAACGUUUAGACAACGGGGUUCAGAGAUUAUUUGUGCUAUGGAUCUACCGCCACUAUGAUACUCACAUGGCUAAAGCAACGUAUCCGUUUCAAAAUGAAGUUUUUCUGUCUGAUCACUGCAACUGCACAGGGGAAGAACUCCUAUCGACUGAGAUCAAAGGAAAAUACGACGUCGACUGGUCUCCAAAAGUUAUCGAUUCGAAGCGAAUUUUUAUCCGGCAAACUUAUAAUGCACAAGAAAGUGCAUUUGUAACUGUUAAAGACGAGCACAAGACGUGCAGAUGCCAAAAAGAACGAAGCACACGGAUGGACAUGGACAACUACCGUUCAGGCGACACGGUCUAUUUGCAGAAAUCUCUCCAUAACCAAGACAUACUAGAGCCAGUCAUCAUCCAAGGAGCUGACGUAAAAGGUUCGAUUAUCGUACGGAAGCUUCUGAGACUAGGACGUGAUUGUGCCAAGUUGGCAAAACAGGCCCAUCGAUUCUCUGUAGCCUCUAACGAACUCAUUCUCACGGAUGCAUACGAGGAAGCACACAUCUCCCAAAUUCAGCGCCGUUGCUCAAUUCAUUUUGUCCCAAGGUUGGACGUGGCAAACGAUCAAAUACCUUUUCCGUACAACCGUGGAGGUGCCGGCGAUUUUUGGUUCAUUUCAAUGGGCCUGACGCGUAGGGAUGGCAAGAGACAACUGAUAUUUCUACGGCAGCUACCACAGAGCGUGAAGCAAUGCCUUGAGAUAGGAAUCGACCGUAAACUGAGGGGCAUAAGCAUCUUUAGUGGUGGCGGUUCAUUGGACAGAGGUCUUGAAGACGGAGGGGCAGUGGAAUUCCACACCGCGAUAGACACUAGCCUACACGCUAUUCGCACGCAGCAAGCGAAUAUCAAGGAUAGUGUCCGGAAGAAGUUCUGUCCGUACUGCGGUUCCGUCAACGACUUCUUACACUCGGCGCUCGAGGGUGGAGCAAAGGGCAUUGUUCGAGUGGGUGAAGUGGACAUGAUAUCGGCUGGAUGUCCUUGCAUUGCCUUUUCCUCACUUCAAAAAAAUCCGUUGGGCCUCCAGUCGCUUUACAACGCGUCCCUUGUGAGCACCUUCUGCUCUUUUGUGGACCUGUAUAGGCCGUUGUAUGGCGUAUUCGAGAACGUGAUCGAUAUUACAUCAACUAGUCGUGGUGGUGUUGAGGUCCAAAACAUCUUUGCUCAAGUGGUAGCUUCACUAGUGUCAAUGGGCUACCAAGUCAACCAAUGCAUCAUGGAUGCCUGGAAUUUUGGCAGCCCACAGCAGCGAUCUCGUCUAAUAGUGACCAUAGCCGCUCCCGGGCUCAGCCCAAUUGAACAAGCAUGGCAUACCCACGGAACGCCAGAAAAUACAAAGCAGAGAAGCCUCGGGGUUCUGCCCAGUGGGGUGCGAUAUGGGGGACGUGAGCAUUAUCCAACUCCGUUUGAUCACGUUCCCGCAUCAACAGUGGGUCUCGGGCUGCCUAAUAUUGGCAACGGCCUUACACAAACAUGCAUUCCGUAUCCGGAUCAUCGAGUACCGAAUUUGCCAACCUGGCAAAAACGAGACCUUUUGAAAUACAUCCCACGCCAGCCGCCGGGUUGUGGUUACAAAGAAGCUGAAGAGCGUGGGCUUAUACCACCUCAUCUACAAAUCAUCAAAGAUGAGGAGAGAAUUGGAAAAUCAUACAGGAGGAUCAAGGCAGCUGGCCUCGUGCCGACAAUAACAACGGGCAUCUCGGUUGGAGAUGCCCAGAACGGCGCCAAUAUACACUCGCAUGAGCCCAGGACCAUUAGUCUUUUGGAUGCUCGCCGCACACAAGGAUGGAGCGAUGAGGAACCAAUCAUUGGAACUCUAAGGGAUCAAUACAGAAUUGUUGGAAAUGGCGUGGACCGCAAAGUGGCUUUUGCCGUAGGGCUAGGACUACUUCGGGCCGUUGAA